AUGAAAUCGUUUUCCCCUUUCUUUCGACCUGGGCUGAGGGCCGCCGCUUAUGCUGCCUUCUCCCAACUCUCGCAGUCUGAACGGGCAGUCCGAGAAGAGAGCCAGUUAAGCGUGUGCCGAGACACGUUAGAGGAGACCCUUUUAAUUUUACACCCUGAAUGUCACUUAGCAUUGAAACUACAAGAUGCUCUGGAUGAGGUUCGGCGCCGAUCUCUGGCUAUGCUGUCGAAAGAAAAUAGCGAGCAGCGUGGCAGUGACUCGGGUCCACACCAAGCACCGCAUUCAACCAGAGAUUAUUGUGCAUACAAGUACCUUGACAAAAUAUCGUGUACUCCAGAUCGUUCUUACAGUGCACCGACGUCAAACAUUGAGACGACUGUAAUUGAGGAUAACAAUAACGCCAUAGCAGCACCCGAAAUCAGAGCUGCAAAGCCCGUGAAUCGACCCGCGGUUUCGAAUAACAACAUUCGGAAACCCCCACAUGCAGGCAAGAAGCACUUGCUAGAGGCCAGCAUGCCCCCAGCAAAGCGACGAAAAGUGGGGCGCAACCAUCUCAGAUUAGAUGCAGAUGUAUCAGAUAUUUCAAUGUAG